AUGCAGCGCCUUGACAACUUCGAGGAGCGCGUGGACACGCUGCUGCGUCGCAUCGCCAAAGGCGCUGAGCGUCGCGAUCAGCUCGUGGAGGGGGUCUGGCAGGUCGUAGCCGACACUGGGAGUCUCUCGGCGUGCGUGGAGGAAGUGCGUGCGGUGUCGCGGCGCAUGUUGCUCUCCUUGGUAGACACGAGCGCCGACCUGGCGCGCACCAUUGGCGUGAGUGCGUCGCUGGCGGAGCGGAGUUCGCGACGGGUGAAGCAGUUGGACGCGCUGCUGCGCCGCGUGCGGGAGGCGCAGGUGGUGGCGGACUCGCUGCGGGAGAUGCGGCACACUGUGGCCGGGGUGAAUGAGACGAUUGGUGCCGGCGACCUGGAGCGUACUGUGGAGCUCAUCUGCAAGUACGAGGCUGCGAACAUGAACUUCGGCGGCCGCGCCCCGUUGUCACUGCUGCAGCAGGGCGAUGACGAGGAGGAUGACGGCGGUGGGCCUACGAAGGGAGAGAACGGGGAUGGAGAUGACACAAACAUUAGGACGGUGGAGGUGGCGGCGCAGCAGGCGGCGGGGGAAAAGGACGGUGCCAAGGGCGCAGCACGGCUCCCGCGUUUCGGUGCAGCCCAAGUAACGGGGGACGCAGACCCCGGCAGCGGUGACGGCGGUCAUUGUUCUGAGGCGGCGAGUAUUAUUGCCUCAGCACGUGAGGCGGCGCGAGAGAAACUGCUGGAUAAAUUUCGUGCUGCCUCACGAGCAAAUGACAAGUUGACCAUCAUGCACGCCACGCGGUUGCUGACGCGGCUGGGCCUCCAUGAGGAGGGGUGCGAGCUCUACUCCACAUGGCUGUGCGAGCACACCAUCGCCGCGCUCAAGAAGAUGGUGGAGCGGGAGCUGCGCAAGAUGGACGACCCCACCGAGGCCGGCAUGAGCCACCUUGGGCUGGUGUCCACCGUCCUGGACGUCGUCGUGGCCGCCUUCGAGAACGAGGAGGAGUUCAUGCGGGAGACGUUUGGGAAUGCGGGGCUGCUGCUGCUGCUUACGGAGCUGCACAGCAAGUCCACCAGCCAAUGUGUGCCGGUGCUGAAGGACUUCUUGAAGAAGCGGCAGGAGGUGCUGAGCUCCGUCACGGCCGCCGGUGGUAUGCACGCAAACAGCGCAGGCACGAGUCGUUUUACAGGCGGCUCAACGGCCGCUGGCAGCAGCAGUGCCACUUCACCCCCGAGUGUUGCGACAGGGAUCUCCGUUGACCCACGUCGAACAGAUCAAAUAUUAGAGGAAAUGUCCCACCUCGUGUCUUGCUGUCACUUGUACUGGGAGUUUGCCCAGUCGAAGCAGCGGGAGUACAUACACUGGGAAGGCGACGCUGAGAAACAGCACGAGCAACAGGGGGCGGCGACGGUUUCCGUAGAUUCCCUGUGGUCCUCGCGCGACAACCCGCUCAUGAACACGGUGCAAGAGAUACUGGGCGUUUUUGUGCCGCUGCAGAAGUUGUACUUUGACGCAGCCUUUGAGCAGGCUCUUCGACUGCAGACGGACGCGCUACACGCUGCAGCCCGAGAGGCGUCAGUACCAGGCGCGGAGGAAGGCGGCAGUGGUGGUGGUGGUAGUAGUAAGCCGAAUCACGGCGGUAGAAGAGUCGAGGCGUACGGCAGCCCAUCUGCAAGGAAGGCGACAACGUUUAUGACUGGGCUUGCGGCGUUGUAUACCUCCACGGCGGCGGGUGGUGGCAUCGAGGAAGAAAAUGUGCCGGACGCUGCUACGGACCACGUCCCCAUCACACUACCCGACGAUGUGUUUUUUUUCCUUCGCAUUGCCCUGCACCGUGCGGUGAACACGAAGUCGACGCAAAUUAUCUCAGCCGUCUUUAUUGCCUGCACCGAUCUUGUGCAGUCCAAGCUUGUUCCUGUGCUGCAGCUAAACGCAGCAAUGCCGCCGGCGACGCAGAUGCAACAGUUGCGGCAGCAGCGCGCGGACUUCACACUUCCGUCCCGUCUGCUCCGUUGGACCGCCGCUGCACACCGCACCACCACGUACGCCCAGAGGCUUGCAGACGAACUGCGGCAUUUGGCGCGCGCCAACUUCUCCGUGAAGGACAUGCUGCGCUUCACGGAGCAGGCGGAAGACAUGGACGUGGUCGCGCGCGAGCUCGCGGACACCGUUCAGAAGUGGGUCACCCAGUUCGCAGAGGUCUGCUACCAGGCGCACCUCGCCUCGCACCUCGAACGCUUCUCUGCCCUUUCGUACAACCUCACGGAGGAGGUGUUUUACCACUAUGAGUUGAGCGACCCGUGGGUGCAGGCCUGCGUCGCCACGGCGGAUGCGGUGCUGCGGCCCUUCGACACGGCUCUCGAGACACACUGCUUUGACAUGUUCCUCCUCGCUCUGGUGCGACGCUUGGUGAGAAAGAUGUGGCAGUCGCUCUUGCAAAAGUCGUUUAGCGGGUACGGUGCGCUGCAGGUGGACCGCGACGUGCGCACGCUGCGCGCCUUCUUUCUUGGGCGUGCCCAGGAGCUGCAGCUGCGGGAGCCGUUUCUGCCACUCAUCAGCGCCACCUCACUGCUGCUACUGGACAGCCCGAAGGACGCUGAGCAGGACGUGUGCGAGGGGCUCAGCGCGGAGGAGAAGAGGCGCGUGCUGGGUUGUCGGGUGGAGUUCAAGCGUGCCGAGAUCGACCACCUGCGGCUCUGA